CUUGUACGCGCGCGCGCGCGCGUUCUUACAAAACAACGCAUCUGAACACUCUGAACCCGUCGCUGAACGCGCCUCAACAGUUCGGCACGAAUUCACAUUGAGUUGAUUAUCCUGUCUGACGCGCGGGUUUCAUCGCAUCGCCGCCAUAUUGGCGGCUCGAUAUAACACGUACUAAUAAUAAGUUCAGAUUGGAUACGGUAGGCACCGCAGUUGACGCGCCGAUUUUAUCUUCGUUGAAUAUCGCUAUUCCAAACGUGUCAUAAACAACACAGUGAUCAUGUCAUAAUCGUUGACAGUCAUACAAUUUAACUAUAUGCCAGAGAAGCCGGGAAAAACUUUUAUCACCUAUAUGUAUAUUAAAAUAGUAUAUGUUUUUGUUUCUAAUUUCAUAUGCAUCGAAUGAAUCGUGACUGAUUUUUAAAUGAAUCUAAUAAAUGUACUAUGAUCAACGCGGUAUCAAUAGUAAUUGAGUAAAAAUAAACUUGGUGUUAUUUUUACUUGUAUAGUUAACAUUAAUGCAUGUUGAAAGUUUGUUAGGCGCUUGUUUAAUCGACCUUAUUUCCAUUCAAUAAUUUACAAUUAUAAAUCGUAAUGGACAUUUCCUAAUAACACUAAAUGAAAUAGUACGAUUUAUGAUCCAUUUUCGCGGGACUCUUGUCUACUUAUUUUUGUUAGUGAUUAAAAAUUAUUAUCGUACACGUGAAAAAUAUGUGAACUAUUUACUGAAACAAAUUACACAAUUUCUUUGUCACUGUAUUUAAAUGUUAAUGAAUGGUUAUUUAUAUCAAGAUAAAUCUUUGUUGCUGACUUUAUGACAAUUUGCAUUGUUAAUAACAAUGCCUAUUGGAAAUGAACAAUUCAUUAGAUCCAGAUUUUGAAGAAUUCAAAUUUUCUGAUGAGAACAAAAUUUGGAAGGACGAUGCACUGGACGAUAUACAAAGAUUUGGUGAACAUAUAGAUGAUCAGAAUUCAGUAUUUUCAUUACAAAUUCCAUUGUUACAUUGCGAAAUUUGUAGAAAACAAUUUAUAUCAAAGAAACAGUUACGUAUUCACAUACAUACACAUUUAGGAAAACCACGGAUAGUAUUGAAAAGAAUUUCAAAUCUGAAAAGCAUAAAAAGAAAAUACAAUAAUACGUAUUGGCUUGAUCCAGAGAAAAAGGGAUCUUUGAAGCUAACAUUAAAAAAGCAAAGUUUGUCUGAUUCGCUUAAACUUACGCUUAAAAAAUCACCUGAAUCCAAAGAUUUUGCUGUUGUAAACACCAACAUUAAUCUGGGUACAAAAGACGUGGCUGCGGCAAAAGAGAAUGAUCAAACGCACGAUAAAAAUACAGAAAAUUCGACUAUCCAGUCGUUUAAACUUAAAGAGGUGAUGGUAGAACAGCAGGAUGAAUAUGGGAACGUUAAAUUUGAUACCCACGACCAUAAUCUAUUGGAAGAAAAUGAUAGACCAUCCAUAGAUGUAAACGAAGGUGAUUCGGGUGUAGGGAGUGAUAUGGCAAAUCCAUCUGAAAAAGAAGAUCAAAAUGUAGAUGAUUUACAAAGUACAGGCCAGUAUGACAACUCGGAUAAAAGACUUUCCGAAGGAGAGGACCAUGAAGAAUCAGACGCAUUGGAAGCAACGUGUAGAGAAACAAUUGAAAACCUGAGAAAACUUGGCGAACAAUCUGGAUCUAGGCCUAUGAGUCAGUUAAUUGACAAUUCAAGUAUCGAAGACGACGAUGAUAGAAGAGACGAAACCAACAUGACCGAUGAUUUGGAGGAAAAUCCAACUAUUAGUAUUAUAACAAACUCUUCUAGAUUUUUAAACCAUUCAGCAAAUUGUUCAUCUGAAAACGAGGAUAAACCUGAUAAUUCAACAGAAAGUGCAACAGGUUUCAAUUGGAAUCAGUUAUCUGCUAAUUUGAAUAAUAAAAAUAAUGAGGUUCCUAAAGAAAGCGAUGAACAGUCUGAUCAUGGGGGUGGUGAUAAUAAUAUGGAAAAUGCUGGGUCGUUGUUACAAAACUUGAUCGACCAUCAAAGACACAAUCAGAAUGAAAGGUUAUCAAAUAAUUUACCGCCAGAAACGGAAUACGUUUCGCUUGAAAAGUUAGCCGAGACAGUCAGUACAUGCCGUGUCUGUAACGAGAAGUUCAAAGAUAUAGCUCACCUCGAUGAGCAUCGUAGCAAAGUUGGACAUUAUCAGUGCAAUAUUUCUGAAUGUAUUAAUCUUAUUUUUCAUUCACCGUUAGAAGUUUCUAUGCAUAAGGCUCAAAUGCACGGAACACCUUUAUCUCCGAGUGUGAGCCAAUUGUCUCCUCAUUUAAAUGCGAGUUCGCCGCAUUUAAAUCAAAAUUCACCUCAUUUGAGUCAAGCAUCUCCACAAUUGAAUAUCCACUCGCCUCAUGCAACCUCGAUGGAAUCUCCAAACACACCAAAUUCGCAGCAAAUAAAUAGGAUUUCUCCUUUAAACUCUCCGCAUCAAACAAAUUCGCCUACAUACAAUUCAGUAUCAAAUCCUGGACAGCAGAUAUUACCACCUGUUAACUUUGAGCAAUUACCUGCACCUGUACAACAAUUAGCUCAACAAGUACAACGUAUGCCACUUCCGCAAACGCAAAUGCCUCCAAGUCUUCCACCAGGUGCUAAUACAAUGAUUCCUGGCCCAAAUUAUUUUGUACAGCCACCGGGAAGGCCUCCACUGUAUAGGGUUCCUGGUCCGCAGAGCAUGCAUUAUCCUCCUCAUAUAGCACAUCUAUAUUCGCAAUACGGGCCGGGUCCAUAUCCACAAAUGAGUGCGCCGCCACAAAUGCAUCCUCAAUUGUCUCAACAAAUUUCACGCGGAAGGUAUCCUACCGUUGCGCAAAGUAGUCGGACACCGCGGAUACCACAGAAUGGAUCCACUCCGCGGCAACGUAUGAAACGUCCAUUGCAACAAACACAAGCACAACAACAACAACAACAAAAUAAUUCAGCUAUAAAACAACGACGAUUGGACGUUUUAUUGCCAGACAGAAACGAAGACGCAGACUGUCAUGUUAUUGCACAACAAAAAAGAAAUGACGGUUUGCCAGUUAUACAAAAUGUUCAAGGUGCUACCACUCAACAGACUAGAAACGAUUCCACGAUACAUCUUACGGAUUCUAUAACCCUCAGUGUUCGACAGCCAGGUUCCGCUCCAGCUCAAGUGCAGAAUACAUCGAGUGCCGGUAGCAAGAAGUCCGAUGCUAAGGCUGUGGCGAAUGUACUAGCAGCCCGAGGUAUUACUGUUACUCCAGCAGCAAAUAAAAAUAAAUCAAGCGAACAAAACAAACAGCAGAUACCUUCCCAGCCACAGAAGACUACAUCUUCACAGCAGCCUUUAAAUUUUACAGCGCUCACUCUGAAUUCUGCUAUUUCUAUCAUACCAGCUCAUUCACAAAAAAAGCAACCAGAACAGGGCCAAUUUGCUGUUCCUCAGAAUAAACAGAAUAAAACAGCUGUGAAUGAAGUGGAAAGACCACCGAGACCACCCACUGUAGAUUUAACUCAAGAUACUCCACCACAAAUGCCAGUUGUUAGACGCGGAAGACCUCCACGGGCAUUGCUUACUUGUCAGGUAUGUGACAAAAGUUUUCAGAAUCAAGAAAUGUUGACGCAGCACAUGGCUACUCACCGUGCGCCAAGUAAACUACUUCACAAAUGUAAUCUCUGUCCUGCCCAAUAUCCGACAGCUCAAGCGCUGUCAACGCAUAAACAAGCGUAUCAUAAGGAAGUUGAUACCGUAGCACAAAAUGGUGGCGCGGAAUUAGCGUUACCGGUUGUAGAUCUAAAAUCUCCUCACGUGUUGAAUCGUUUAUCAAACCUUGGUAUACAAAGCUACAUCCCGUUGUCACAGCUUAGUGCUCAAACAGGCGGAUAUUUUGGCUUACCGAUUAUUACGAUUGACGGUGCACGAAAUCCUAAUACUUGUAAUUUAGGUGCACUUGGUGCUACAUCUAUACUAAGUCUAGGUCCUCUGAAACACUUGUCAAACAGGAAGCGAAAACGGUUACUAAAGACACAAGAACUGACUUAAAAAAUAACGACAUUGUAUAUAUUUGUAUGAUAAUAAAAGGAGUAUAUGAUAAUUUUAAUGAUAUUUAGUUGUACAUAUAACUAAUAACAGGGCAUUAUAUUAUUCUAAAUUUAUAAGAAAGUUUAAAAGUUUCAAAGUUUCACAAAUUUUGCUAUUAAAUACCAUAUUAUGUUUUGAAAUUUGUUUAUUAGUUUCUUGUUUUGAAAGAAUAAGUAAUAAAAAUGCAAUAAAUCUUGA